UGUUUUGAGACCCAUAGUAGUUGUGGGUCUCAAAAGAAUUUAAAACAUUUUCAUUGUAGUAAAAAGUAUAUUUAUUUAAAUUUAUUUUUAAGUCACUUUUGAGUUUGAGUUGAUAAUUUGAGUUUGAGGUUGAACUUUUUUGAUUGAGUUCAAAUACUAGCUUAUUAUGAGCAGAGUAUAAAGCUCGGUUCAGCUCAGCUCAAUUACAGCCAAGUGUAAAGUUCAACUCAACUCAAUUACACCCUUGUUGAGCUCAGCUCAGUUACACCUUAAGUGUAAAGUUCAACUCAACUCAAUUACACACCCGUCUCACGGCACAUGCAACUUCUUUUUUCUUCUCAAGAUUUUGAUAUCAACUUCUAUCAGCACCAAAAGUCUGGACAUGGCAGAAUCAUGGGAGAUGAUGGCCGUCACUGCAUUCAAAGAUAUUCAAACUAGAAGGAUACAAUAUCAGCUACAUGAAUCUAGUUAUAAUGUUCCAGGCAAAGUCACUGAGUUAGAAUGGAAAGAUUAUUGUCCUAAUGUUUUUAGGAACAUACAAGAGGCAGACAAUGUUGAUCUUACUGAUUACAUGAUGUUGCUUUGUGAAAAAAACUUCCUAAGAGAGGUCUCUUCACCAGGAAAAGCUGGUCGUACGAUUGCUUUAUCAAAUAAUGAGCAGAUGUUGAUAAAAAUCCUGAAGAAAUCUGAAGUGAAGGUACUAUUGGAUGUUCUUCCAAAAUACUAUUUUCAUCGGACAAAAAAUCCAGCUUCUGUAAUCACCACAUUGUAUGGACUUCACUCUGUGAGACAAGUUGGAGGUCUUAAGGUUUACUUCGUUGUUUGUUCAAAACAUAUUCCGAAAUAUGUGAGCGUCCAUAAUGUUUUUCAUCUCAAAGGCUCAUCAAAAGGCAGAAAGACACACAAACUUGUAGUUGAGGAGCAUGUCUUACAUAAGGAUUCUGAUUUUAAUUAUUGUUUUUAUCUAAAGCCAUCAAUCCGAGCAAAAUUGUUAGCGCAAAUCAAUUUGGAUUGUGAAUUUUUACUAGCAGAAGGUGUAAUUGAAUAUAGUCUUUUGCUUGGUGUAUCCAUGCAAACUACAUCUCCAGGUUCAGUUGAUAGCCAAAGUUCUUGUAGGAAUACUGGUUAUAGCAGUUCUAUAGAUUCAGUUGACAGCAACUAUUCAAAUAGUGACACUUCGUCUAGUUGCUCUUCACAAGAAUUUGAUGAUACACAAUUGAUUUCUUUUAACAACUGUGGACUUCCUAACUGUGGUGAAUGCAAACUUGGAGUAGGAACACCAGCACGUGCUGUGCAGAAGAAAAUGGCAGAAAAUGAAAAUGGCAAAAAUCCAAAAAGCUUUAAAGUUGUCUUAUAUUUUGCAAUAGUUGAUUUCAAUCGGAGAUACACUAUGAAGAAGGGCUUUAAGCAUCUUUACAAGUCAUUACAGUAUGAUUCAAAGCACAUCUCUGCUGUAAAUACCAAAGAAUAUACAUCUUGCUUCCUAAAUUAUAUUGAACGAAUAUUUCUAGCAGAAAACUCAGAUUCAUCACUUUGAUACACGGACAUGGAUCAAUCCCAUAAAAGUUUGUGAUUGUUUUUUCAUACAGUGAACAAAAAAGGUGAAAAUUAUGUGAUUAUUUAGAAUCAUUUGAGAAAAUAAGAAUGAUGAUUGUGUUUGGAGAACAAAUGUAAUUUUGCAAGCUUUAUAAUCUUGAUAAGCUAUUGUACUGAUUGGAUAUGAAUACAACAUUAGCCUAUCAAGGUGAGACUUUUGC